AUGAAAAAAUAUUUGUGGAUGAAGAGGAUUUCUUUGCCAUGGUCAAAGAAGGACACGACACUGGAUGAAUCCAGUCCUCUCAUACCAAAGGCAGGCUCUGACAUAGAGGAUUCAGCAGACCAUUUCACCACAGACUGCUAUGAAGCAGGGCCAAACUGUGGACAGGACCAGACCAGACCUGGUUUUGUCCGACCCCGCUAUGGUUAUACUUUCAUUGACUAUUUCCUAAAAUAUGCCCUGUUCCUAUGCAAUCUGCUGUUCACCGUUGUGGGCCUGAUGGUUCUUGGUGUGGGGAUGUGGGGCCUCGUCAGCAAAGAGUCGUUUGCCCAGGAGAAGAUCGGCAGUAUUGGAAGCGAUCCGAUGCUGAUCAUUGUAGGAAUGGGCCUUCUGCUGACUUUGCUCUGUCUGUCAGGCUGUGUUGGUGCCAUACGAGAGAACUGCACCUUACUGAGGCUGUUCUCUGCCGCUGUGCUCGUGCUCAUCACACUUCAAGUGCUGGCCACCAUUGUGGCCUACAGUCUACAGGAUCAGAUUGGAGGCUAUCUGCAGUCAGGGAUGAUAACAGCAAUGGUACGCUACCAGGAUGAUCUGGAUCUGAGGUUCAUCAUGGACGAGAUUCAGACAAAUCUGCAGUGCUGUGGGGCGGACAACUAUCGUGACUGGGAGAUCAACUUAUAUUACAACUGCUCAGCUCCAGGAGUUCUGGCCUGUGGCGUCCCUGCGACAUGUUGCGUUGACCCUUUGGAGAACGGCACUGUGUGGAACUCUCAGUGUGGUGUAGGUGCCCAGAUGCUGGAUGAGUUUUCUGCCCAGAGUUUGAUCUUCCUGGGCGGCUGUCUAGGGGGGAUCUCUCGCUGGAUCGAGCUGCACAUGGGUCUGAUAGGAACCAUCGCAAUCGCCUUACUGGGGAUCCAAAUUAUGACUCUGUUUAUCACCACCCGACUAUUAGACAGCAUCUACUGGCAUAAACUUUACAGCUAACAUGGGGUGAUGACUAUGUGUACUCCUAUUUAAUGAAUGCACACUGAUAUUUACAUUUCCAUCUUGUUGGUUA